UUUAUUUUGAAAAUGUACAGGAUGUCGGGUGCUUGUGUAAGGGACUUCUUCCGGAAAUAAGUGGAUUUCGCAUAACGAUAAAUAAUUCAUCUUCCUGGUCAAGAUUCUUCCUUACCAGGGAGAAACUCCAUUGUACCACCUGAAGCAGACUAGUGAGACUGUAAGCGCUUUUUCAGGCAGUCUCCCUAUGUCAGUCCGAAACGGGUCUGCUGGUGAUGCAGACUGCCAGAUCUCUGAGGACGAUCACGUCCCAGAUGUUGAGCUGAUAGAGCUUGGGCCCCUGCUGGAAGAAGGAGGUGGGCAGCAGGUGGCGUCAAACGGCAUUCAUUCAGAGGGAGCUGCAAUGCUUACGGAUGAGGAUGAGGAAGAUGAUGAGGUGGAAGAGGUUCUCACCUUACCUCUUCAGGCUCACCAUGCCAUGGAGAAGAUGGAGGAAUUUGUACAUAAGGUGUGGGAGGGGCGAUGGAGGGUAAUUCCUUUCCAUGUCCUGCCUGAGUGGUUGAAGGACAAUGAUUACCUCUUGCAUGGACAUCGGCCCCCCAUGCCCUCCUUUAGGGCCUGUUUUGGAAGCAUCUUCAGAAUUCACACCGAAACAGGAAACAUCUGGACUCAUCUUUUAGGGUGGAUCUUAUUUGUUUGUCUGGGCACCUUAACCAUGCUGCGUCCCAACAUUUACUUUAUGGCACCAUUGCAAGAGAAAGUGGUUUUUGGGAUGUUCUUCCUGGGAGCUGUGCUCUGCCUCAGCUUCUCCUGGCUUUUCCACACAGUCUACUGUCACUCAGAAAAAGUGUCUCGCACAUUCUCCAAGUUAGACUACUCGGGCAUUGCCCUCUUAAUCAUGGGUUCCUUCGUGCCCUGGCUGUACUACUCCUUCUACUGUUCCCCCCAGCCUCGCCUUAUCUACCUCACCAUUGUUUGUGUCCUGGGGAUUGCUGCCAUCAUAGUUGCCCAGUGGGACCGCUUUGCCACGCCCCGUCACAGACCAACAAGAGCAGGAGUUUUCAUGGGUCUUGGACUGAGUGGCAUUGUCCCCACGAUGCACUUCACCAUUGAAGAGGGCUUUGUUAAGGCGACCACAGUCGGACAGAUGGGUUGGUUUUAUUUAAUGGGUGCCAUGUACAUCACUGGUGCGGGGCUUUAUGCUGCCAGGAUCCCGGAACGCUUUUUCCCUGGGAAGUGCGACAUCUGGUUCCAUUCUCAUCAGAUUUUCCAUGUUCUGGUCGUGGCAGCUGCAUUUGUCCACUUUUAUGGAGUUUCCAACUUGCAGGAGUUCCGCUACGGCCUGGAAGGAGGAUGCACAGAUGACACUCUACUUUAAAAGGCUCGACUGUGACUUAUUUCUCUUUGCAGUUCCACAAACACACACGCAUUCACACAAUGCUGCUGGAAUUCAAUAUAGUCCCUUUCUGCUUCUUCUGUAAUUCUGAUUUGCUUCCAUUUUGUUUUGGUUUUUUGUGGUUUCCUUUUUGCCUUUGGCUCUUUUUUGCUCCAGUACUGUAGCAUAAACUAGCCAAUGUACUGUGGAUGGAACAUGCCCUACUUAUUUCUAUAACUGUCUAUCUUGGGAAGGGUGUUUUUUAAAUAAGGUAUAAGUAUUCAUUUGUACCAACGUGUUACAUGUGUUCCUGCCAUUCUUAGAAACUCACUACGAUCCCAACCUCUUCAUGGUCUGUUCAAAAUUACAAAGGAUUCCAAUGCAGAUUUUUUUCAAUUUAUUUUUUGUGUUCUGUAGCAGAAAUCAGAUUAGAGAAUACUUGUUUCGCCAUAACUUCAGAGAAGUUCAAAUUUUAAGCAAAUUUCUAAAAGAAGAAGAGGUAAAUUUGCACAAAAGUCACCAGCUGCAGUUUUUCUUUUAUUAUUAUUAUUUAUUUGUACUGACGUUACUUGUUUGUCUGUUCUUUCAAACAUGAAGGACCGCCACAAACCCACAUUUGACCAUUCAGCAAUAAAUCUUAAGUACUUCUACAAUCGCAUUCAAACAAAAAAACAAUCUUAUACUAUGAUACUGUUUAUGGCUGAUUAUGGACUUCCUAAAAACAAACAAGGCUAAAUGCAGCAUAUGAUCAAACCUUUAAAUCUUUUAUUUUGAAAAGCACAGGGAUAAAAAAUAAUCAAAAGUUCUUGGGAAAUUAAUAACUAUCUAAAUUUAUAUCAGUGGCAUUGCAUUCUAAUGACAUAAGUCCCAUAAAAAAACAACUUCUGUCUAAGUUUUGGCUGACUCGUGCGGUAUGUCAUGUGUGGGAUGGUUAAAACUGCUCUAAUAAAUUUCCAGAGCAGCGGUUCAUGGGGUAUGCACAAUGUACAGAACAGGGUUGGUUUAGAUUCAUUUUUGUCUGCUAGAAAUUUUUCUUCUGUGGCUUUAUUCCAGAUGCAAUGUGAGGUGUAAAUAUCUAAUGCACCUUAGUGUUUAUGAUUUUACUGAAAACUUUAAAUCACCAAAUGAGGUUUAAAAAGUGUUCUGUGUGAUUGAUAUAAACUUUUAGUAUUCCUGUGCCUUAGGCCAAUGGAAAUGUUUUUAAAUAAAAUGGCCUAUCUUAAGAGAAAAAGAGAGCAUCAAGGAUCUCUUCUUAUUGGCGUUUCUUAUUUUCCUUGCCAUAUAUACGGUAUGUAUACAAUCAGAUCAUAACUAAAGUUACAAUUCCAUUGAUAGGUUGUUUGAACUGCUGUUUAAGACUCCUUUUUCUAGAUGAACAUAUUCAAGCUUUAUUACAAACUAAAAUGAUGCGUAUUCUUGACUUUGUGUAAUGUCUUGUGUAGAAAGUGAUGAAACCUGCAUUUCACUGAAAUGUAAACCUGAAUAUUUAUUAAUGGUAAUCUUAAAAAAUAUUCUAAUAAAUUUUUUUUCUCUUAA